UAUUAAAGUGGUAACAUUGUUUCCAGUAUGAUAAAUUGAUAAUCUGUUAUAAAACAGUUGAAAAAGCAAUCAAAGAUUAAAAAUUAAUUAUCAAUCAGUCACACAAAUGUUUUUCACGGCUGUGUCUGUUUGUGUUGUUCGAGCCGCUUCGGCAUUCGCUGAACAAGCGUCCAGAAGAGUACACACGAGCUUAUUCGCAAUGGCACCAGUUAAGGUUGGAGAUAAGUUGCCGGCAGUUGAUCUGUUUGAGGAUUCGCCGGCAAAUAAGGUUAAUAUUAGUGAAUUGACGGCUGGAAAGAAAGUAGUUCUUUUCGCCGUUCCCGGAGCUUUUACUCCUGGAUGCUCGAAGACGCAUUUGCCGGGCUAUGUUGAAAGCGCUGACAAAUUGAAGUCGGAGGGAGUCUCGGAAAUAGUAUGCGUGUCUGUGAAUGAUCCAUACGUGAUGGCCGCUUGGGGAGCGCAACACAACACUAAAGGAAAAGUUCGCAUGUUAGCUGACCCAAGUGGCAAUUUCAUCAAAGCAUUGGAUCUUGGUACCAAUCUGCCUCCUCUUGGUGGUUUUCGCUCCAAACGUUUCUCAAUGGUGAUCAAUGAUGGCAAAGUUGAAAAUUUGAAUGUUGAGCCCGAUGGAACUGGACUAUCUUGCUCGCUGGCUGAUAAAAUUAAGCUGAAGAAUUAAGAUGACCCCGCUUUAGUAGUUUCACAUCACAAACUAUUUCUCAGUAACGUGUGAUCUAAACACCCAGCUUUAUGCAGAUCUUAGACUGUCUAAGCACCCCUUGUGAUAAUGCCUUUAAUAUAUAUGUAUUUUACAUUUAAUGUUU